AUGGCAGGCGGUUCCUCUAAACCUAACAAGAACGGGAGGUUCGAUGAUGUUGGAGGGUUCCAUUUAGAUGCAAAAAGCAUAUCACUGGGCGAAAAGUUUGAUUCUAUGCUUGAGAUAUUACCAGAAGAUUUGUGUAAUGAGUUAUUUGAUGUUUGUAGCUCAACAGGAGGUAGGAAGGAGGUUACAGAUGAUUCAGAUAAAGAAAAAAACGGUGCAAUGAAAGAAAACGAAGGGUUGUCUCAUGUCAAACCUAUUGAUAUUAAGGCUUCUCAGAGUGCUAGUCAUGGUUUAGAUAUGCAAAAUGGAGAAAUUGAUAAUCUUUGGGACUUUAAUGUUGAUGAAUUUAUGAUGACUCCAAACGAGCAUUCUAUGAGUGAUGGCGCUACUAUUUCACAACCGAAUUCCCUUAAAGAUGAUUUAGUACUGCCUUUAGGAGAUAAUUAUGGACCGAUGCAGCCUGCGCAGGCAUCGCAGCAAAAGCAGCAAGGGCCGUCAGGUUGGGCGUCAUUGCCAACUGAUAGUUUGAACCAGUUUAACUUGUUUGACUACGACUUUCAGUUCUUUACCAACAGUAUAUUCUCGGGCGCUACACGUGGCCUGACAUCUACGGGUGUUCCGGAAGAUACAUUAGAAUCAAAUGGAGAGGAUAUUGGGAGGCCGCAACAGCCUGGGAUGGUUCCUAGACGAUCAUUAAUCCCGUUAAAAUCUGGAGCUGUAAAUGAGGAAGGGCAUAUCCCUCUUUCUACGCAAGCCACUUCAAAUGCGGUUAAGAAAGCUCCUGUUGCUAGACAAAUGUCCUCCUCUUCUCUUUCGUCGUAUAGAAAGGGUACCAAUAACAACACAAACAUAGAACACUAUUCUAAGCCCCAGAUACAAUGCUUUAAUUGUAAAACAGUCAAGACUCCGUUAUGGCGACGUGACCCUCAAGGUAAUACGUUGUGUAAUGCAUGCGGUUUAUUCCAAAAACUACAUGGAAUAAUGCGGCCAUUGUCACUGAAAAGUGAUGUUAUUAAGAAACGUCACAGCAGGAAAAACCAGAAGAAAAAUCAGGCAGAAGCUUCACAACGCCAGUCCAAGAGUCGUACACAGUCUACUUCUACGACCCAAAGGAACUCCAACCAGACUAGGAGUGGUGGGACUCCUCAAGCGCAAAUGCAGGAGGUUACGAAGAAGAGUCAGAAUGGUUCUUACAGAUAUGUUCAAGAUGGUAUGCGUAAGGAUAAUUCAGGUAUUAAUAACCAGCAGCCGUUUAAUGGAACAAAGAUCGGUGGUGACAACUUUGUUGAUCUAAACCCAUCUAGAUUAGACUCAAGGAACUUGAUGUAUCAUAACAGAGGGAUGACAUCGGUUCGUGUUCAAAGAAAAUCUAGAAGCGACAGUUCUAGCUCAGCUUCUAGCAGAUCUUCAUCUAGACAAGUUGUUCCAAUAUUACCGAAGCCAUCUCCUACAGAACGAUGUCAUUCACAGGAGAAUGGGCCCUAUUCAAUGGGCUAUCAAUCUUCAAACGUUAUUACAAGUCCGAGUUCAUCUCCAAGGUACGUUUCGUCUCUAAGAGGUAAUAGUAGUGGUAAUCCGCCGUCGAGUAACUCCCCACUUCCCCUUACGGGAGUGCUAUCAUCGACUGGUGGAGGUGCGUCUGCCAGCGUGUCGGUGCCGCGGAUGAGAUCAUCAAGGCCAUCGGUGUCCCAAUCCAUGUCUUUGAUGAACCAAUCACUACAACAAGUUCAGCCGAAUAACUCAACUCAGGUUAGCUCUUCAGCCAAAUCAAGUUGGGUAAGAAGUUCUGUAUCUCCGAAGGUUUUAACGACAAUUGGGGCUACAAAGUCAUCGCCUAGAUCGACUUUUGAUCUCUUUUCUCCCUUAUAUCAACAGCAGGACGAUUCGCCAAAGUCAGCACCAAUAAAGCCUUUCACUUCCCUACUUUCUCAGCAGCUACAGCAGAACCCAAAUACAGUGGCUCUGCAGCCAUCUAUGCCCGAGUCUCCAACUGUAACCGCAGAGUAUAAUUCAUCGCAAAGUGAUGCAAAUUUAUCUUCCAUUAUACCCCCGGCAUCCUCUCCAAGACAUGGCUACGCAGCCUCUCUACAACACCAACGCGGUAUCUCGGGUUUUGAGCAGCAGCUAAGAAAUUCUUCUUCACUUUCCCAAAGAGUUAGUGGAAACGCUGGUACAGGAGAACAAGGUGCAGAUUCUAAAGAAAAGGCAAGAGGACAAGAAAAGUCAAAUCUGAUCGAUGAUUUAGAUUGGCUGCGCUUCGGCGUGUAA